CCUCUGUGCUGAAUCAAGCGCAAUCUUUUUUGUUUUGUUUUCGCCCACCGAGAGGCGAUGCAUGUGAACCUUGAGCAGAGUUCUGCUAUCAAAGCUUGUGAUUGUCAAACCCUGUAAGUUGCAGAUCUCUCCUUUCCAGAAAUGUAGAUCUCUCUUCGUAUUAACUAGCCUGGCCAGAGUUAUAGUUCCACCCCUUGAAAGAGUUGGAAGAGGGGUCGCAGUGUGCCAGUGAAGAACUUUGCCUGUGUAGUUCGCAAACUAUUUUCUGCUCUUUAAAUGACUAAAUAUAGUUCUGUUCGGAUGACCUAAUUUGUUGGGCGAUAUAGGGAGAAACCUCUUUUUUUUAACUGUUUAGCAGUACAGUUGUUCGUGAGAAAUAAUAAUUUAGGCAGCAUACUUAGGAAUGUUCCCCCCCCCGGUCGGUUCUGUGUUUACUCAGAAGCAAGUCCAAUUGUACUAAGUGCGGUUUGCUUCCAAGUUAAAUUUAUACAGACAGAACUGCAGCCUCAGUUUAUUUCAGUAUAUGUCACAUGUCUGACAUUUAUGCUUGGAUUCUUCUCUGGCUGCUUUUGGAGAUUCCUUUCAAGAAUAUACUUUUUUUGAAAGGAAAAAUGCAUACUGUACAUUUCUCCUUUCUUACAGAUCAGUGGCUCAAAAACGAAAGUAUCAGAACGGAAGCUAUUGGCCUGAAAGGUACAUAAUAAAGAGCUGGAAACAAAAACAAAAAGCUGCUUCACAGCAGGGGGAGAUGAAUAAAAUGAAUGAAUAGCAAGCUUAUACCACAGGAGCAUGCCACAGAAAUAAGUCUCACUUUGUUCAAUGGGACCUGCUCCCAAUUCUAACCUAUCGGUGCCAUGGCUACAAGUGCUGUUCCAAGUGAAAACCUCCCCACGUACAAGUUGGUGGUAGUCGGAGAUGGGGGUGUGGGGAAGAGUGCGCUCACCAUUCAGUUUUUCCAGAAGAUCUUUGUGCCAGACUAUGAUCCAACUAUUGAAGACUCUUACCUGAAGCAUACGGAGAUAGAUGGGCAGUGGGCCAUUCUAGAUGUUCUGGACACGGCAGGCCAAGAAGAAUUCAGCGCAAUGAGGGAGCAGUACAUGAGGACGGGGGACGGAUUCCUCAUAGUCUUCUCAGUCACAGAUAAAGCCAGCUUUGAGCACGUAGACAGGUUCCACCAGCUCAUCCUCCGAGUCAAAGACAGGGAAUCUUUUCCAAUGAUCCUGGUGGCCAACAAAGUAGACUUAAUGCAUCUGCGAAAAAUCACCCGGGAGCAAGGAAAGGAAAUGGCAGCAAAGCACAAUAUUCCAUAUAUAGAAACCAGUGCAAAGGAUCCCCCACUGAAUGUUGACAAAGCCUUCCAUGAUCUUGUUCGAGUAAUCAGGCAACAGGUCCCAGAGAAAAGUCAGAAGAAGAAGAGGAAGACUAAGUGGCGUGGGGACCGAGCAACCACUUCCCACAAACUGCAGUGUGUGAUUUUGUGACUGUCUCUCCCAUCUUUCUCGCAAUCCAUUCCAACUUGAACCUAAUUUGAAACUCAAAAGGAGGAAGCAGGGGGGAAGAAUCCAGCCUUGAAGCCCUGUGCCACCUAACUUGCAACGUAAUGUUUCGAGAACGGCAAUCCUUGCACGGAAGGACUCGACAGGGAGCAGAGCCUCAAAGGCAUUUUUGAAGCUCGGCCAAAAGGCUGCUUGACAAACGGCACAGGGUGGUUUUAUUUUAUU